CUAAGGAAAAUAUUUUUGUUUAUUAGUCAAAAUAACAAUGAAUCAAAAAUUACAUGUUAAAAUAUCAAACAUUUCAAAAACUAUGAGGAAUUAAUCAAUUCUGACAUUCAUUUUGUACCCCUCCAGCAUUGAAAGGUUAAACUAAAACUAAAGAUUGUCUGCUGAGAAUACUGUCUGUUUGUGUCCCUGAACGUUGGUGAAUUAUUAGUGUUUUAGUUUUAAUAUAACAAAGGCUGGAAACUCCCAACUUCAAACCAAAUUUGUUUUUCCAAAUCUCUUAUUUUUCCAUAGCUAUAACUAUCAAAGUGUUCUUCAUAGGCUUUAUUGUGCAUUUUCAUGAAAAACGCAUUGAUUAUAUUUUUGAUACUUUCCACCAAAUACAAUUUUAUUUUUCUAAUUAUCAAAGUACUCAUUGUUUAUGACAACUCAUUUUAAUUGUCAAGUGCAUUCAAAAAAUUAAAAUGUGCGAAACUUUCUUGUAAGCAAUGACUAAAUGAAACAUUUUAUGUAAGGUCCAGUAAAGGGUUAUUAGCAGAAUAUGCCCUACAAAUACAAAAUAUGUUACGCAGUAUUUUCAGUCUGAUUCAAAAUAUAAUCGAUUCAGAUAGGGAAUACAACAAUAAAAAAUCCACCACAGUCUACUGUUUAAACUCCGAGAAUCAUUACAACGUGGACUUAGAAAUUAAUGGUAAGCCCAGGGAAUCCCUCACAAUGAUACGGAAACACCAAGAGGCGUCAGAUGCUUCUAAUUCAUUGAAUGUAACUACUGACCAGGGAGAUGCAGUAACUUGCAAAUACUAUACAGAUAAUACCAUCAAGGCAAAACCUCGAAGAAAAAUAAGUAAAGAUGAGAAAAAACAUAAAGAACACACAGUUGAAGAAACUGCAGGUGAUCGAGCUAGUUUUUAUAAUGAAGAGGAGGAAAAAGAUGAAAAAUUUGCAGAGAUCCAGGGUGAUGUUGGAAUGAACGUUAGGGAAUUGUUGGCAACUUUACCACAAAAAAAAGCUACUCUACCACCCGAAAAAGAUAAAGAACAAUUGAACGCUUUGCUGGAACAAAUACAGAAAAUGAAGAAAGGUAUGGAAAGAUUACACCAGAUAGCCAAACAAUUUUCUUGUUCUGACAAAUUUAAACAAGACGUUAAUUAUUUAAUUAAGACUCUUUCGGUGGACAAGAGUGAAUCGAAACAAAAAAAUCUACAAUCACCAAAGUCCUAAAAUCGGGAUUUAAAAUUGUCAAAAACAAACGAUCGUCUUCUAAAUCUUAAAAAGCACAUGGUCAAAUAAAAUUAAAUUUAUUGUUAAUAGUCAUAUUUUAAAAAAUAUAUUGAUUAAAC